AUGACGCCGGUUCCAGACACAGACAGCGCUUCGGCCACCUCCUUUCCUCCCCCACAACCUCCUCAGCACAGCCCCGAAUCGGUCGCGCAGCUUCCCAACGCCGCGGUCGACCUUGCCAACCGAAUGUUCGACCUGGCACGCAGCGGCGAUGCAGCUUUGAUCGACUACCUCGCUGCCGGACUCCCGCCCAACCUCACCAACAACCGAGGCGAUACGAUUCUGAUGCUCGCCUCCUAUCACGGACAUGUCGAUCUGGUUCGAAGAAUGCUGACCGAGCCGUCCUCUGCGCAGCACGCGCCUUCCACAGCACCCGACAGCCCACCGACCCGAACGUGGCGUGGCCAACCCGAUCCAAACCAGUUGAACGGCCGCGGCCAGAGCAUCGUCGCAGGAGCCGUCUUCAAGGGCUUUGACGACGUGGUGCGCCUGCUCAUCGAGCACGGAGCGGAUCCUCUGGCUGGUCAGCCGAAUGCCGAGGAAUGCGCGCAGAUGUUCAACAAGUGGGACGGCGAGACGGGCUUCAAGCAGCUGUUUGAGCAGGCGCCAGGUCGAGGUGCAGGAGGUCGAGAUGCUGCGCCAGCAGUAGAGGAUCGAGAGGAAAUGAGGCGUGUGCCCGGGGUCGGACUCCAGCCUGUGGCGACAGAUCCAAAUGGGUCCGAGGGAGAGCAACAACUGUCGCACGACGCUCCGUCCCAUCCGGGCGCCGAACGAUGA